GGAACAAUGGAUGCAUGGAGCACAGGGUACAUUGGGAUUGCGGUCAUGCUUGUCCAGGGCAAGGAGGCAGGAACUGGGUGAGUCCCUGGGGUAUAAAGGAAAAAGGGCUGCUCAGGUUGUCACUCCACUGCCACGGCAGGACUUGCAGUCUUUUCCUCUGUGGCAAGCUGGAAAUUGGCAUCAUGAAGUGGAUUGUGGCGGCCUUGGUCUGCCUCCAGGUCUUGGAGGCAGCAAAAGUCAAAAUCCCCCUGAAGAAAAUGAAGUCCAUACGUGAGACCAUGAAGGACAAGGGCUUACUGGAGGAGUUCCUGAGGACCCACAAGUAUGAUCCUGCCCAGAAGUACCGCUUCAGUGACUUCAGUGUGGUCUACGAGUCCAUGGCCUACCUGGAUGCUGCCUACUUUGGAGAGAUCAGCAUUGGGACCCCACCCCAGAACUUCCUGGUCCUCUUUGACACCGGUUCCUCCAACCUGUGGGUGCCGUCUGUCUACUGCCAGAGCGAGGCCUGCUCCAACCACCCACGCUUCAACCCCCGUGAGUCCUCCACCUACUCCACCGACUGGCAGACCUUCUUUCUGCAGUAUGGCAGUGGCAGUCUCACUGGCUUCUUUGGCUAUGAUACCCUGACCGUUCAGAGCAUCCAGGUCCCCCACCAGGAGUUUGGCCUGAGUGAGGAUGAGCCGGGUACCAACUUUGUUUAUGCAAAGUUUGAUGGCAUUAUGGGUAUGGCCUACCCUGCCCUGUCCAUGGGGGGUGCCACCACAGCCCUGCAGGGCAUGCUGCAGGAGAACGCCCUCACCAGCCCCAUCUUCAGCUUCUACCUCAGCAACUAUCAAGGCUCUCAGGAUGGAGGAGCCCUCAUCCUUGGGGGUGUGGACGACAGCCUGUACUCGGGCCAGAUCUACUGGGCCCCUGUCACCAGGGAGCUCUACUGGCAGAUUGGCAUUGAGGAGUUCCUCAUUGGCGGCCAGGCCUCUGGCUGGUGCUCCCAAGGUUGCCAGGCCAUUGUGGACACAGGCACCUCUCUGCUCACUGUGCCCCAACAGUACCUGAGUGACCUUCUGCAGGCCACAGGGGCUGUGGAGGAUGAGUAUGGACAGUUUCUCGUGAACUGUGAGGACAUCCAGGACCUGCCCACCUUCACCUUCAUCAUUAAUGGCGCACAGCUCCCUCUGCCACCCUCCUCUUAUAUCCUCGACAACAAUGGUUACUGCACCGUGGGGCUCAUGUCUACCUACCUGGCAUCCCAGGACGGCCAACCCCUAUGGAUCCUCGGGGAUGUCUUCCUCAGGUCCUACUACUCUGUCUUCGACAUGGGCAACAACAGGGUGGGCUUCGCCACAGCUGUCUAGGCUCACUUGCCUGAACUCUCUUUUUCCUCUUGCCCCCCCACCCUGUGGGGGCAGUGUCUCUGUGCUUCCUUUCUGGAUUCAGCCUUCCUUUUCUGGACUGUGGACUUUCUCUAACAAUAAAUAGUUCUUCUCCAUAUUGGCCAGCCUGUUGUUUUUGGAGAGGGGACUGUGGCCUGAUCUCAGGGAAUGGAUCUUGGGAUGGACCCUCUACCCCUGAGGGUUUGGAGUCUGUUCACAGCUUCCCUCUGGAGAGGGAAGACAGUGGUGUAGCUGGGGCAUCAAAGGCGAUCUUCUUUUGUGACAGGUAAAAGGGCCCAAUUGUGACAACCUGAAGUGCCCAGCUGACUUAAUUUAUCAAACUAGCACCAGAACAAGUAGCCCUGGUGGCACAACAGUUUAGCACUUGGCUGCUAAC